AAAUUUCAUAUAGUUCCGGCGGCGAAUUCGGAAAGAGAGUAAGUUGUAACCAUGCCAGGUGUGUCCAGCAGAACCCCACGGAGGAGAGGUCCCCCCAAAACCCCAGAAAAAUCAGCAGGGAUGUCCACUACCCAGUUUUACAGUCCUAAAACUCCUGGCUGGGUGUCGGGAAGUCAGAUGAAAUUUGAGUUAGAAGAAUCUCCGCUAAACAAUGUUCGCAAAGGAAGGAAAUCAGUCAUUCCAACAGGAACAGCAACGCAGAAAACCACCAACUCCAGGAGACACACCAUGUUCAAACUCCCUGAGCCCAUUAGGUCCUCUCCCAUAGGUACCAGAUCCAGACGGUCCUCCAUAUUCAACGUCCAUAGCAGAAAAGGAGGGAUAAGGCUAACCAUUGCAGUGACCCCUCAGGAGAAACCAAAGAAAGGCCCAGGAAAAGUGGUAUCCCCACCCGGAGUAAAGACGCGCACCAGGCGGUCAUCUGUUUAUCAGAAAGGUAAAACUCUACAGGAAGCUUGUUCUCAGGUCCAGAAGACGGUAGCUAGCGGUCAAACCAGGAAAAUGACAGGAACCAAGGAAAAAGAAGAAACUGCAGAGACAAAGAAGCCAGUGUCAACUCGCAGGUCUGUAUGUCCAAAAUCACCCGAAAGGUCUUCUUCUAGAACUUCUCUACAUGGAAAAGUUUCAUCUCCACAAUCGAAUGAGGCAGCAAGUAAAAGAAAAUCUGUCCAACCAAACACAUCAAAAUCUGAAGAAAAGGACUCAAACACGCCAGUGCAAAAGAAGCUGAGGAAAACACCAAGACGAUCUGUUGCCAAAUCCAAAGAAGAGCCCAAAGUUGUUCUUGAGAAUGUGGAAGCUGUAUUCAAGACUCCUGCUAGACCAGUAUACAGUGCCUCAGAGGAUACACAACCUGUCUCCACAAGAAAACAGAGGGGAAGUGUCAAAAAGACCCCAGUGAGUCAAGCUUCAAAGUCUAUGGAGGAUGUUAAACCUGGCUCACCAAAGAUUACACCUAGAAGUAUAAAGAAGACGCCAGCCCAGUCUGCCUCUAAACAACUCAGGUCUGCAUCGAAGAGGAAGAGCAGAACUCCAGCCUUAUCAAGAAGCACCAGGAAGAGAAAUGUUGAGCAAUCAGACGAUGACAGUGAAGUAAAUGAUACAGACUCAAAGAAGAAAUCCAAAGUGACAUUGACACCAGAACUGAAAGAGGACAAAAAGACUCCAAAAAGUCCAAAAUUGACAGUAAAACGGAAAAUGGAUCUUUCCACAGAGACCCCUCAGGUUAAGAAGGUCAGGCUGACUGAGGCAGUGUCAGCAACCUCUUCUGGAAAGUCCGCAAAGUCUGCACGGAAAACUCCAGCUAAGUCAAAAAGUAGUGUCGACGGUAAACGUGGAGAUACUUCCCUUGAUGAGUCCAUGGAAUUUAAAACACCCAUGAAGACUCCAAGAUUAGCAAGGUCUGCCAAGAAAACAACUAAAAUGUCAGCAGAUAUGACACCUCAGGUUAAACUGACAAAGAUCUCACUACCGAAUGAAGAUUCCAAUAAAGAGAAAGAAUCCAAAAUUGAAACUCAAGAAAACCAAGAUGGAAAUUCUCAAAAAACUGUACAGGUUGUCUCCCCUGAGAUGAGCUCUCCUUUGCCUCAUAGUGGAAAAUUGGCAGAAAGAAAAGGUACCCCAGCGAGAGUACAGCCUGAUUCUGUAAACAGGGAGGUGCUGCUGAAAGGGAAGAACAAAAAGGAGAGCAAAAUCAAGAAACUGAAAACUAAAGAAAAAACUAACUCAACAGUGACAUUGAAUGGCAGUCUGAACACCUCUGCUCACACCAGCAUGGGUGCAAAAUGCACCAUCUUGUAAUUGGAAUCUCAUGUUAUACAUGAUUAUCAAUAGAGUUUUAAUAUCUCAAAUUUGCUUGUAUCUCUAGUGUAUCGGUAUGUAAAAGUACAUGUAUUGGAAUUCAUUCUCUGGUAGUAAGCAAUGAAAAUAAAUCUGUUGAAAUUCUCUCUAGGAUAGGAUAAUGUAUCAUAUGAUAGAUAUUCCAAUCCGUAAUUAAAUUUUCCUGUCUCAUCUAAUCAGCUUUUGAAGAUGGAUGAGAUUUUGUGUUAUUUUAUUUUCAACUUGAAAGCAAAUACAAGUGUGUUAAAUUGAUUUUGAUAUGUGUCAGAUAUGUUUUGUAACUUUUGACGGAUGCUCUUGUAUAUACAAAAGUUGUUUCUCUAUAUACUCAGGUUUUAUGUUAGUUCAGUAGCCAUAUUUAGUGCACAUAUGACUUUGUAAAGACUGUAUAUUUGAUUUGUAAAAUAAUUGUACAUAGAACUGUAUAAAAAAAGUUUUAGUUAAUAUAAAAUAGAUUUUAAGAUAGUAUAUACAUGUAUUAUAAUUUUUAGGUUUAGAUUUUAAUAGUUAAUUUUGGUGCAAUUUUUAAAAGACAUCUUCUACUUUUAUUUUAUGUAUGUUUCU